AUGCGGUUCGUUUGUUGCGGCGCCCGCGGGGCUUCCAAGAAAGGGAAACUAAGGAUGAUCGCCGGGUCGUGCUACUUGCCGAGGAAACGGGCCGUGUACCCCGACGGCGACGACGCGCACUUCAUAUGCUCCGAGAAGAGCACCAUCGGCGUGUCGGACGGGGUCGGGAGUUGGGUUCGGUCCGGCGUUGAUCCCGGGGAGUACGCCCGGGGGCUCAUGACGAGCUGCGCUGACGAAGUCGGGAAGUGGGAGGCCGGAUGCGUGGACCUAGAGUUUGUACUCAAUGCGGCUUUCGACAGGACCCUAGUCAGGGGAUCCGCCACGGCGUGUCUAUUGACGCUGGCCGAUGACGUCGUGAACGUGGGCGAUAGCGGGUUCGUGCGGAUCCGAAGGGGCGAGAGCGUUUACCGGUCACCGCUCCAAGAGUACGGUUUCAAUUGCCCAUAUCAGCUUGGAAGAAAGCCAGGGCACAGCUCGCCGGGAUCAGCACAGAGCUACAAAGUCGAAGUACGCAAGGGGGACAUCAUCGUCGCCGGGACGGACGGGUUGUUUGACAACAUGUUCGUGGACCAAAUCAAGGACGCGGCGGAAGCUGGGAUAAGAGCAGGCAAGGAUCUUGGGGACAUCGCAUCUUCGAUAGCCGCUCGAGCGCAUGCCAAUUCCCUCGACAAGGCCACGAGGACGCCCUUCUCCAAAGGCAUGGAGGAGCACGGCAAGGAGCACCGCUGGGGCAAGGCCGACGAUAUCACCGUCAUCGUCGCUCGCAUUGUAAGGGAUUAG